AUGCAAUCACUCGGCGCCCUGCCACAUUCCUACACCGGUCAGCUCGCCUGCUCUCUUACACAACAGCUGAGGCUAUUCGCAGUCGAACUCCCCUGCUCUGCGGAUACAUCUACUGCAGGAACCCCAGGCGGCUCCGUGUUUCCCAUCGAGACCCAUCGACUUCUCACCCCCGCCAUGCAAAGUCCCAUCUCCUUCGCCUCUGCAGCGACACCUGUCACGGCUGUCGAGUGUCAGCCAUUCCUCCUGUCUCUGUCUCUCUCACGGGUCCGCAUUGACCGUCUUCGCCGCCGGAUGUUAGCGCCGUCUGCCUGCGGUGCCCGAGUUGCCGGAAAUGCGCAGAUCACGGGAGUCUAUGUGUUUGCCUUCGCCCAGCGCAGCGACUACCAACACUGCCAUCCUUGGGGAGACUUUCUUCGACGGCGUUGGAAAACUGUCAUCAUCUGGAUCUGUUCGCGAAGGAACACGCCUGGCAAGCCAUUGACGCAAUCUAUAUGCGAUUUCGCCUGCCUCGUCGAGCCAGUCGCCGAUUACACGGACUGA